UAAAAGAAAACUCUUUUGGGAAAGAAAACCCUCUCACUCCCAUAGUAUUUUGCAAAUCUCCAAAAGUAGUGUUUAUCUCCUCAUUCGUGAGCACAAGCUCCCUUGUUCUCCCCUGCAACUCCAUCUCUCCCGAAGGUCUGGCCUGCAAAUCUCAUACCCAAUUUCUCUUAUCUCCAAUUUACUGUAGCCAUUUUCAUCUGUCGCCAUCGCAAGGUCAAACUUUCAACCCUAGUUGAACGCUGCAGAUCUUGGUAUCAGGGCUGUGUCUGGACAAUCAAUGGAAUGAAGACAGGAACUGCUCCCCUCUUGCAGUGAGUCUUGCAUUUCUUGACUCUUCAUGGGGACUCGAGAGGAGGAGGUGUACAAGGCCUUUGAGGAGAAGGUGAAGAGGACUGUUUGUUUUGACAACCUCUCACCACAGGUUACUGCUGCUGUCAUAAAAACUGCCCUGGGGCAGUUUGGGAAUGUUAUUGAGGUGCAGUUCAUUCCGAACUACAUGGGACCAAGCAACAUCUCACGGACUGCCUUGGUGGAGAUGGAAACUGUAAAACUAGCCCGAGUCAUUGUUGAGGAGAUGACCAAUUACACCUUCAUGAUGUCUGGGAUGCCAAGACCUGUGAGAGCACGUGCUGCUCAGAAAGAGAUGUUUGCUGAUCGCCCCAAAACUCCAGGUCUGGGUGCUCGGUGUCGUUGGCUGGAUCCUAAGGAUCCAAACUUCGAGGUGGCAACUAAGCUGAAGGAGCUGACCAAGAAACAUGCUGUAGAAGCUUCUCACUUGCUCAAGCUUGAACUGGAUGAGGAAGAGAAGCUAAUGAAGCAUCAACACGAGGUGCUUCAAAUGAACUUCAAGAAAUUUGAGAUGAUUGAGAGUGUUGUAACUGAUAAGACUCUCACUUGUCUUGCAUCUCGGUAUGGCAUGAGAAUGAAGGAUGAUUGAUGCGCACUCGUCUCUUGCUUCCUCUGUAAAUAAUAGAAAAUUGUACCAUCUCACAUUUAUAACUGGCAAGCUUCUUCGACAAGCAGCCACACUGUAACUUGAGGAUGGUCAUGGCCAAGGAUUAGUUUGUUGCUUCCCCAUAUUUUGUAAGAUUGCGGUGGCACAGAGUUUGAUAUGGUUACAUGACUUAAUCCAGUUCCUUGUUGGUUUAAACUGAACAUAAAUGGCUUCUCAUGGCUGUUCCCUUC